AUGUCGAGUUCCUCUCUGGGCCGUCUCCGACCCGUCGUAGCUGUUGCCGUUUGGUCGUUUUGUUUUCCGCUUUUGCAUUUGUCGUUCUCCCUCUUUGGACUCAUUAGGCGGCGAUUCCUGGAGCAAGGCUUCAGGCUGCAACUGACUCCCAAAAACUAUGUCUAUACUCCUCUAGAAACGGCGGACCACAUCCGUGUCAUUGAGCUGAUGCCGGCAGACUCAGAAGACGACGAGGUCUGCUGUCGUCUCCAUCAUAUGAAUCAGCUUCAGCCUUCCUACUCUUAUACCGCCCUCUCUUAUGUCUGGGGCGACGACAGUGAGGAGCUGAAGGUCACCAUCUCUUGCAAUGGACGACAAGCCAGGAUAACUCCAAAUCUUCACUCAGCGUUCGUCCGGCUGCGCCGUUCCAACAGCAGCAGGUUCCUGUGGGCUGAUGCCCUUUGCAUUAAUCAGGCCCCGACCGCAAAGGACGUGGCGGAGAAGGAACAACAGGUCCGGACGAUGGACAGGACGUUUUCGAAGGCGGAGCAAGUGAUCAUCGACCUCGGAUCAAGCGCAGCGCCUGAAGUGCUCUCGAUACUGGAUCGGUUUCACAGUAUUCCCCAAGAAGUGUGGGAAGAAGCACGCUCCGUGGCUCGCAAUAACAGUCUCAAGUCCUGCUUGCAAGUGCUCGCAGCUUUUGGCCUUCCCGAUGUCCGGGAUGCUUUCUGGCCGGAAUUCUCCAGAUUCAUGCAGAGACCGUGGUUUACCAGAGUAUGGGUUAUCCAGGAGUACACAUUGGCUUGUCAGUCGGCCUUUGUUAUUGGGAAGGAGAUGCGGCCCGGGACAUACUUGCCGUGUGGAAUAAUGCGAGCUCUGUCCUACGCCAUGUGGCUCUACCAUUUCGAUCGCCGAGCUCCGUCAGAGCAAAUGCCUAGCCAGGAAUUCGCCAGUGUUCUGUGGGACCUGACCGUCCCACAUACGGCUGUUCAGCUCAUCCAGGAAGCUAGAGAUAACCAGCAUCAGCGGCUACCCCUAUCCACGUUACUGUGGCGCACGAGGCAGUGUCACGCAAAGAAGGCCAGGGAUAAAGUUUACGCGAUCCUUGCGCUGGUCGACGACGCUCGUGUCCGAGAUCAAAUACCCAUUGACUACCAGAGUGAAGAAAUACAUCCUGUGGGCCUGCAGGUGGCGAGAUAUCUCAUCGAGGCUGGCAGAGGACCAUACGUCUUGUAUAACUGUCUAGGCGUGCAGAGCGCGGCGGAGUCAUGGGAGGUGCUCCUCACCCGAUCGAACCAAGAUGCCUUUUCGGAUCUCUACGACCCCUCCGAUGAAACGGUCCGAACGCUUUACCACGCAAGCAAAGACACGCAGUUCAUGUGGGCAUGGAAACCGUCGCAUGAGGACAGUGUUCCCACGAUGAUGCAAGAUCCAGACCGUGUCAGCUCAAUCUUUGUGCGAGGCUGUAUCGUUGACGAGAUCACUUCCCGAGGCCCUGCCCUCCCGUACCAGGGGACGAUAAGCCACGCAGACGUGUCUGCUCAGUCUCAUUGGCUUCCCGACAGUUGGGAGUGGAUGCAGUCCGUGCAACAUCUCCAGGGUCUGCCUCUGAACGAGUUCACCUUGCAAUGCUGGCAAACCGCCAUUGCCGAUCUGAUCGUCCCGUCUGAAGGAGAGGGACGCGGAUACGUCCGAUGUGGGAACGUCAAGAUGACGCCGCUCUGCCUGGAAGCCAUCGACAACGCUGCGAGGCACGCAUCGGCCGAGCGCAGGGGUUCGUUGAGAGACUUCCGACCCACGAUGCCGGUAGACGCCGUCUUCCAGACCUACUGCUACAUGCUCUCGGAGAGCUUCCGCUAUAGUUUUGGCCGGAGGCUGGCCCUGACGGAAAAGAUGUGCUUGACGUGCUGUGUUCCGCGGGAGACGGAAGAUGCGGACUUGGUUUGCAUCCUCCUGGGAUGUCCCACGCCGUUUGUGCUUCGACGAGUCCAGAAUCAUUAUCGGAUCGUCGGAUGCUGCUAUGUACAUGGGUUCAUGGAUGGAGAGGCCCUGAAGGCUAGUUUCUGGAAAGAGGAAGACCUUGAGAUCCGCUAAUCGUGAGAGUUGG